UUUUGUUUCAAUUUGAAUGAUUAAAGCCAACAUUUUGGACACUUUAUUUUCCUCUUUUACAUUUUCGCUUUUAUGAUUAUCCAACAUAAUGGACUAAAAAUAGCCAAUUAACUAACAAACCAUCAACAGCUUUAUACCUUUUGACCACCUUUACCAUCUUUAAUUGAAACAAUUGUCAAAAUUGGAAUAAUUUGCUUCUUCCAAUGUAAAGUCCAUUUUGUUGUCACUUCUUGAUGAAUUGUUAUUCCAUGGACUUAAUGUGUAUUUUUAAUCACCACUUGGAUUGUUAUCAUCACUAUUGUGAUCCCUUUUCACCAACUCAAUUUACCAUUUGUGCCAACCUUGUCUCGACAAUUUUGUCUCAAAAUUAAUGCUAACUGUUACAAACUUGUAACCAUUUUUCACUAUUUUUUUGGUGCUCACGUGAAAUGAAAUUACAACUAAUUGUUUGUGUAACUAAUCUUUUCUAUUUAAUACAACCCUCAAUUGCUAAUAAACAAUCGACUAAAUCAUCUCAUCAUCCAGAUGAAUAUUUUCAUAAAGCUCUAGUUGGAAGUCGAACUCGAUUAAAUUGUAAAAUAAGUGUUUCCACAAAUGAUUCAGUUCAACUGAUUCUUUGGUGGCGACGUCGAGAUGCAACCGGUCCACCAUUUUAUAAGAUUGAUGCUCGCAAUCGUUCACUUUCCUCAGCCUCACACAUCAUUGACAACACCAACUAUACUGGUCGAGUUGAAUUUGAUCUUAACCGAUCACAGUUGAUUAUAAAUCAUGUUCGUGAAGAAGAUGAUGGCGACUAUACUUGUCGAGUUGACUACAAGGCUCAACGAACACGUUACACUUAUAACCAUUUAUACGUUCAAGUGCCACCCAAAAAGUUGAUGAUCGAAGAAACGCAUUCGGGUAAACUGUUGAAUCGUCAUGUUGGACCUUUCAAUGAAAACUCGACUCUUCCCUUGUCUUGUAAAGCAUUCAAAGGUCAACCUAAACCUUAUUUAGAAUGGUAUAUUGAUGAUGUUCCUAUUAAAUCAAGUGAUUCUCAAUAUGAUCCAAUGAAAGAGGAAACUUACACUCGGCUUGAACUCAAUUUGGAACGGAAAUACGAUAAAAGUCAAAUAAAAUGUGUUGCCAAUUUAAAAGACUUUCUCUCUGUUCUGGUAACCGAGAUUACAAUUCAUCUUAAUCUUACACCUUUAAAUACAACAAUUCAAUUCAUCAAGUCAAAUGUUGUUGCUGGAAACAUUGAGAUGAUUUCAUGUCAUUCCUAUGGUUCAAAACCUCCGGCCAAUAUAACUUGGUUCAUUGGAGACUAUGAGCUCAACAACAGUCGAUUAACAAUCGAUGAAACGAACUUAUUUAGCACCAGUUUACUCAAAUUCACUCCUAGUGUUAAUCACAAUGGUAAACAUUUAAUCUGUAAAGCAAUUAACCCACAUUUUCCUGAUUACUCAAAGACGGAUCAGAUUCUUCUCAAUGUUCAUCAUAAGCCCAAUGUUCACCUCAUCAUUUCUGGUCCAGAUAAUGAGAAAAAUUACUUCAUGGAAGGUGAUUCUGUUCGAAUGAAUUGUAACACAAGUUUUUCCAAUCCUGAUGUAACAUCAUAUCAAUGGUAUCAUGAAACUUCAAGAAUAUAUUCCGAGCCUCUCAAAGGAAUCAAUGUUGAUGGUGAAAUAUUGUUACUCCAUUCGGUUGGUAGAGAGCAUAUUGGUCGAUAUGUUUGUAUUGUUAGUAAUAAUAUUGGAGAAAGUAAAUCAAAUUUUGUUUCGCUUAAUAUUUUAUAUGCUCCUCAAUGUAGCAGUCAACAGAAAAUUAUCUAUGCUUUUAGACCCAAUGUUCCAAUUCAGAUAAAAUGUCAAAUUGAUGCGAAUCCACCUGAAGUGACCUUUUCAUGGACUGAAAGUCAGAGUAACUCUUUACCGUCCGAUAUAGAUUUUAAUAUAUCGUCAAGUGGCCUUUCAAGUAUUCUAACUUUUACUCCAAUAACAACCAAUGAAACUAUAUUUGCCUGUUCCGCCGUCAAUUCAGUGGGUAAAUCAAAAGAUUCCUGUUUUAUUACACUCAAGCCUGCAGGACCUCCUGAAGCUCCUAGAAACUGUAACAUUAGUCCACCUCCAAGCACAACGGACCUGUUGACUUGUAUACCUGGAUCAGAUGGUGGAGUUGAUCAAAACUUUGUCGUUCAAAUUCAUCCCUCUGACAACCUCGAUCUUUUGAUUGGUGAAAAGAUUGCCAAUGCAAAUCCAGUUUUCCAUCUUAAAGGCUUACAAUCCAAUCGAAGUUAUCAUAUUGAAAUUUAUGCUGAAAAUGAGCUGGGAAGAAGUCAAUCUCUAAUUAUACCAUUUACUACUCAUGUUACAGAAUCAACUUCAAUUAUUCCCAGCAGUUCAUCCAAAGUUAACCUCAUGUCAAUGGUUAUUUAUCCAGCAACAAUAAUUGUUGCCAUCUUCAUUACAAUAGCACUUUUCAUGAUCAAAAUUCACUUGAAAAGUAAAAGUUAUAAACCAUCUGAAGAUGGUUCAAGUGAACGAGUUAUCAAUGGUAAAGCUAACGGUUUGGCCAAUUUUGUGGAAAAAAAUGUUCAAAAAGAAGCCUCUUUGAGAUCGUUGGUUGAACACGGAAACACCAAUAAACUCACCAAUGGAUCAACCUUGGUUGUUGGUGUUGACUCGCAGGGAAACGUUGUUACCCGUGAGAUUGGGGACACUGUAGUGGUCACUGUUGGAUCCGAGGUAAACUCGCAUGAUGAAGGGUCAACCUUGAUUGGUUCAUCAACCUACUUGAUUAGUGAUAAAAAUGCUCGUAACAUGGAAGUUUCAACGCAAGUUUCGUACUCGCCGUCAGCCACCAAGUUGUCCUCAAUGGUUCAAGAUGUAAGCAACUCAUUGCAAACAGUGUUGCCUUAAAAUACUGUAAACUCAACUAACUUUCAACUUGAAUCUACUAAUCACGUUAAAGCAAAAAAACAUGAAAAAGUAACACCAACAACAACAAUUUAUGAAACCAUGUUAAUGAUAACUGUCUAUCUGAUGUGAUAUCAAAAAGCCAUGAAACUGGGGUUAACUUGAAACAAGCUUACAUCAAAUAAUCCAACAAUACUCUCAAUAUUACAUGAUUCAGUUUCAAGAUUGUUUCAUUUGGUUGUUUCUCAACAAGAGAAAACAAAAAAUAACUUUUUACUCCAACUUGCACGUAAUAUUAUUAUUACCUUUAUAUGCAUUCACAUUGUUGUUCAAACUCUUGGUUUUACUUUGUUUUGUUUUCUUUCUUUUUACCUGUCAAAUUGUUUUACCUUUUUUGUUCCUCUUUUCACCUUGAUUCUGCUUCUCUUGAAACUCAUAUUCAACUUUUCCUCUUCAAACAAGAAUCAACAUUUCAGGUGAAAAUAAUUCAUCCUUUCCCAUCCUUAAUCCAAUGAUGGGUUGAACAAAAAUCUGUCAUUUUUUGAUUCAACUCAUUUUUUCUUUGUUUUGUCUGGAUAUUGAAUCUUUAUUUGUCACAUAUUUUUUUUAAUUUUGAUUUUCGAUUAAUUCUUACUUUUAUUUUUGCUUUUUUUGUGUUGCGAUUUGUCUCGUUUUGCAUUCAAUGA